AUCACCAAGAUGACCAUCAGCGUGGCGCUGCCGCCGCUGCGCCAGCCGGGCAAGUCCAUCUCCAACUGGGAGGUCAUGGAGCGGCUGAAGGCCAUGGUGCACAGCCACCAGUUCUCCACGCUGCGCAUCGCCAAGAGCACCAUGGACUUCAUCCGCUUCGAGGGCGAGGUGGAGAACCGCGCGCUGGUCCAGGCCUUCCUGGCCUGCCUGGACGGCAAGACCAUCAAGCUCAGUGGCUUCGCCGACGCGCUGCGCGUGCGCGCGGCCGAGUUCAAGCUGGACUUCCCCACGCGCCACGACUGGGACUCGUUCUUCCGCGACGCGCACGACAUGAACGAGACGCUGCCCGGCGAGCGGCCGGACACCAUCCACCUGGAGGGGCUGCCCUGCAAGUGG